UGUCUCUGUCGGCUCUUCCUCUAGUCUUCUGUGUGUGUUUGAGUGGGAGUCCUGCUGUGUGUCGUCCAGAUGUUGCAUGUGUUUGAGAGCGAAGGGAAUCUGCGUGAUGCUUCACCGUCUGCGGACCGUUGUUGAUGGAGGAGGGACGCUCUAACAGACUCCUUCAGGUUCUCUUGUAGGACAGAUGGUUUUUCUCACCGAUGGCGGUGGCUUGUGUUUCCAGUGCGUGCGGUAGUUAACGGUUCGCCCUCGGACGUGUUUCGUGUGAUCAUGGGCUGUGUGUUCUCCUUACCGGAGGACCGGCUGGUCUCCUUCGACAGGCCUCAGACAACCAGAGAUACCAGUUUUAUUGACAAAAUGAAGAAAACGGGCAAGAACAUCGUGGUGUUUUACGGCUCACAGACGGGCACGGCUGAAGAGUUUUCCAACAGACUUGCCAAAGAUGCUCAUCGCUACGGCAUGAAGGGAAUGUCAGCGGAUCCCGAGGAAUAUGACAUGAGCGAGCUCUCCCGUCUGCCUGAGAUUGAGAACUCGAUAGCCAUCUUCUGCAUGGCCACGUAUGGAGAGGGAGACCCGACCGAUAACGCUCAGGACUUCUAUGACUGGCUACAUGAGGGCGAUGCCGACUUCACCGGAGUUAAAUAUACAGUGUUUGCGCUGGGAAAUAAGACAUACGAGCACUAUAACGCGAUGGGAAAGUAUGUGGACCAGAGGCUGUCUGAGCUGGGAGCGCAGAGGAUCUUUGACCUGGGAAUGGGAGACGAUGACGGGAAUCUCGAGGAGGAUUUCGUGUCGUGGAGGGAGCAGUUCUGGCCGGCUGUGUGUGAACACUUUGGAGUGGAGGCGACAGGAGAAGAGUCCAGCAUCCGUCAGUACGAGCUGAAGGUGCACAGCGAUGUGAACAUGAAUAAGGUCUACACUGGAGAGCUGGGUCGCCUCAAGAGCUUCGAGAGCCAGAAGCCGCCCUUUGACUCGAAGAACCCGUUCCUGGCUCCGGUCACGGUGAACCGCAAGCUCAAUAAGGCUGGGGACAGACACCUGAUGCACCUGGAGCUGGACAUCACUGGCUCCAGAAUCAGGUAUGAAUCCGGGGACCAUGUGGCUGUGUAUCCCGUCAAUGACAGUGUCAUAGUCAGCCGGAUCGGAGAUCUCCUGGGUGUGGACCUGGACACGGUCAUCUCGCUCAACAACCUCGACGAGGAGUCCAAUAAGAAGCAUCCGUUCCCGUGUCCCACCACGUACCGCACCGCUCUGACACACUAUCUGGACAUCACCAAUCCUCCGCGCACAAACGUGCUUUAUGAGCUGGCACAGUACGCCACUGACCCCAAAGAGCAGGAGAACAUGAGGAGGAUGGCCUCGUCCUCGGCCGAGGGAAAAGCGCUGUACCAGAGCUGGGUGCUGGACUCCUGCAGGAAUAUUUUGGCUGUUCUGGAGGAUCUUCCGUCUCUGCGGCCGCCCAUCGAUCACCUGUGUGAGCUCCUGCCUCGCCUGCAGGCACGCUACUACUCCAUCGCAUCCUCCUCGAAGGUUCAUCCCAACAGCAUCCACAUCUGUGCUGUAGUGGUGGAGUACGAGACCAAGACGGGUCGGGUCAAUAAAGGAGUCGCCACUAACUGGCUGAAGAACAAGACGCCAACAGACAACGGACACAAGGCCACGGUGCCCAUGUACAUCCGCAAGUCUCAGUUCCGGCUGCCCUUCAAGUCCACAAACCCUGUCAUCAUGAUCGGCCCGGGCACCGGCAUCGCCCCCUUCAUGGGCUUCGUUCAGGAGCGCGGCUGGCUCAAAGAACAGGGUAAGGAGGUUGGAGAGACGGUGUUGUACUACGGCUGCCGUUAUAAGAACGAGGACUUCUUGUACCAAGAGGAACUGGAGGAGUUUGAGAAGACCGGAGUCCUGACGGAGCUCAACGUAGCUUUCUCCAGAGACCAGACCGAGAAGGUGUACGUGCAGCACCUGCUGAAGAAGAACAAGGAGGCCGUCUGGAGGCUGGUUCACACAGACAACGCUCACAUCUACAUCUGCGGAGACGCGCGAAACAUGGCUCGGGACGUCCAGAACGCCUUCUACGAGAUUGCAGAGGAGCUGGGAGGACUGAGCAGCGCUCAGGCGGUCGACUACAUCAAGAAACUCAUGACUAAAGGACGCUACUCACAGGACGUCUGGAGCUGAACCAGACCGCUCCAUCCCCUUCUGUACAUUCCUGAUGUGUGCUUUUACAGGGACGAGUCUGUCGUCCUUCAGAAAGACAACAUGGACCACCUCAUUCUGAAUGAAUUCUCUCACACGAUCAUGAUCUUAACCUACUAAUCAAAUGCAUAUGCAUGAAACUUUAUAAUCAAAAACACUGUCUUUUUUUAGUAUGCACCAAACACCGUGUGUGCAGGGCUGGAUUCAUGAUGUUAGCGGUACUUUGUAAGCAUUAAGAGACUUAAAGUCUUAAACUGGAUGAAAGUGGUUUUAAACAUGCUAAACUUUGUCACAAACAUCACAGCUUUUCAGUUCUCUGAAGUAAAGCAUCGGAGUGUCUACAUUUCUCUUCUUACACUUUAUUUUGUAUUAUUACGGCUGAAUAUGAAUGUAAGCUCAUUUCAACCACAUGACCCUCAACAGAUUUCAUUAUUCUGUAAAUUAAUUUCUCAUCGUUUCAUAAUGUGUGUUGAGAGCGAUGCUGGUCUGGAAGCUCUAGUGCCUUAUUCACCGUCUCGUUUGCAUUAGACCAGCGCUGCUGUUGAAAAGAGUUUACUAUUUGAGAAAAGAAUAUAAAUAUAUAUAUAGUAGUAUUUCUUUUUACAUAAUCAUAGUUUCAUAUGCACCUGUUGUUUCCAAUACAUACAGCUAUUUAGGCAUAUUUGUAAUGAUUAAACACCAAUUUAACAUUA